AUGUUUCUGGCGUACAAGCACUACUACUGGGUCUACGCGUGGAUACCCGUCUUUGGCGCGUUCAUCUGGUUUGGCACGCUAUGGGCGAUGCUAAUUACUUGGCUGGCGACGGGGAAGCCGCAAUAUGUCACGCAGCAGGGGAGCAUCGCGUACAUCUCAGAUGUCGGCGCGAGCUACCUCAAGCCCUUGUUCAUCGUGUGCUGCUGUAUAACGGGCGUGACAUUCUUCCUGACGCUAGUGGUUGAGAGAUGGCUGCGGCAUUCCGGGAGGCUGCACCCGAAUAUGCGCCGACGCGAGCGCAUCUUCUCGACGCUGGCCGUCCUCGGCUCGUUCAUCGGCGGCGCGGGACUCAUCCUCCUCUCCAUCUUCGACACGGGGCGGCACCAAAGCCUGCACCGAGUCUUCCUGCUCGUCUUCAUCAUCGGAGUCGGGCUCUCUGCCAUUUUCACCAUCGUCGAGUACCGCUGGAUCAACAAGGAUUACGACGGCCAGCGCAAGCUCCGCAUCGCAUACAUCGCCAAGGGCAUCAUCGCCGUCGUCCUCAUCAUCCUCGCCAUCGUGUUCGCGAUCACGCUGUACACGACGGCGGACGUGGGCGCGGUGAUCGAAUGGGUCAUCGCGUUUGGGUACACGUUCUACCUGCUGACGUUCUACUACGACCUGAGGAUGUCCCGGGGGAUGCGCAAGGGCGCGUACUUCGACCAGGAGCUGCUUGGCCGGAGGAGCGUCGAGAGCGGGGGCACGGCGGGCACGAUGCGCCAGGUCGGUGGGUCGGCGUACGGGAACGGGGGAGUUGAAGGGAACGGAUACGGCAAUGGAUACGGCAAUGGACACAAUGCCGGCCAAGGACCGUAUGGCGUACAGAACGCGGGAGGCGCGAAUUUGCAGCCUGCGCGUGCGGCUGGGUAUUGA